AUGGGAAGACUUGGGAGUAAAGGUCCUUCCUUCACUCCCAAGUCUUCCCAUUCCAAAUGAUGCAUGAUAUCCCGCUUCCUUCAUCCCCUCCGCUCUGCAGACGAAAUCGUGCUCAUAACACCGAACAUUGAGCAGGCGGAACAAAUGCUGGCCGAAUUUGAUAGCGCUUGUGGAAAGAGUUCCGAGCUCCGUCAACGAGCGAACAUCAGGAAUGCCAUCGAUUACGGCAGGAAAUCGAAGAUCAGGUGGGCCGGACACGUUAUGCGAUAUAGUGAUGGCCGUUGGACCAGGGCGGUAACUGACCGGAUCCCUCGAGACGUCAAACGAACUGCAGGAAGGCCGCCAACGAGAUGGUCAGACUUUUUCACGAAAGCUCUAAACGAAAGCCAUGUUGAACUCCGUGUCCCUAAAGCGGGGACGAUUCACUGGACCACUCUGGCUCGUGACAGGGACGAAUGGAGAUGUUACUGGCGCCCGCUCGAGGAAGUCGAUGAUCAACGGGACGACAGGUGA